AUGGUGGAGACAGGCGUUUCCGGUUUGUGUGCACACGGAUGCAUUUCACAGCGGACGCGGCUUGUUCUCGCGCGAAUAAGGUGUUGAAUUUUCUCAUUAGAAUAAUUAAGAUAAUUGAUUAGGCUUUUAAAAUGUUAAAAAAUGUUAUUAUCUGAGUAUAUUUAAAUUUCUAACGUUCGCACCAAAGCGGAACCUUUCUUUACCAUUUCUAUUCCACCCGGUCAGUUUUCUAAAGGGACUCGGUGCUCCCCAGCUGAUCCAUCUCGACAAAAGGGUAACGAUUCUUCUGUUGAUCAUAUUUUUGUGUGAUUUUUCCCUAUAAUUGAAGCCAAACAGAGAGUUUGUGUGUUUUUGUGUGUUUGAUCAGACAGAUCAUGAACAAAGACUCGCAGAUGAGGGCCGCGAUCAACCAGAAGCUGAUAGAAAUGGGGGAACGGGAGCGGUAAGAGAGCUUUUCUCCUCUUUAUAACAUAACAUCAGCUCUGAACUCUGAUCAAUAAUAACCAAAUCUGUGGCUACAGGCUGAAAGAGUUACUCAGGGCAAAGCUGGUGGAGUGUGGGUGGAAGGACCAGCUGAAAGCACACUGCAAAGGUAAGAACAAUAACAAUAAUAAUAAUAAUAAUAAUAAUAAUGAUAAUAAUAAUAACACAUACUCUGUAAUAAGACAGUGUAUUUUAAAGACAUGUCCUCCCUCUUUAGAUGUGAUCAAAGAAAAGGGUCUGGAGCAUGUCACAGUGGAGGACCUGGUCACAGAAGUCACACCGAAAGGCAGAGGUAGAGAGACUCACACACACACACGACAACAUGAGGAUAAACCUGAGAGUCACACACACACACACACACACAUAUUUAACCCUCUGAUGAUUCAGUCAGUUAAUUUCAGACGUUAUUUUCACCUACAAAGUCAGAACACGACCACAACUCUGCAGAGAGUCAGGAGUCUGUUAAAGAAACAUCUUUUUAUUUUGUGGUUUUUAUACAAAAACUCUUCUAAUAUCAGUCAAUAGUUAUUAGUUAUUGAUGACAGUUGGUAAUAUAUCGAUAUCUCUGUGUUCUCUUAUGUCUGUGUCGUCAACAUUUGAACAUUUUUGAGCGGUCCGCUCUUUCUGACUGUAAACAAAGCCGUUCUCCACCUCCUCUAACCUGAUUGGUUGUGAGGCAGACGCUGCUCCCCCGUGUCGUUCAGGAGCCCAAACAAAGUUAGCGUGCUACAAUAUCGGACAGUAGAAACCAACCAGAAAGUUCGGAAAAUUGUCUGAAUCCUCCUUUGGCCACGACUGCCGACACAAGCAAGAAAACAAAGUAAAUACCGGAGACUCUGGAGGAAUAACUGGCGCUUAAAACGAGGGCUCGAGGCGAUUAAAUCGGCCAAUUUUAGCCCGUUUGAGUCUAAUCGGUAAUCGGCCAAAACUUGCCGAUAAAUAAAAUUCGUAGAAUAAGAUUCGGUUUACUUUGAAAAUGUUCCUCCAUUUUAAAAGUUCUCCGACUUAUCCUGUAGAUGGCGCUACAGCGACCUCAUGCCGAUCUUCAUCCACUAACGACCUCACAGCACAGCAGAGUGAGGAUCUGAAGCAGCAGCUCAGGGACACGGAGGAGAGUGGUCCACCUCAACGGGAAAUAAACCAGUUUGUGAAACACACAAUAAGUCAACAAGUCUGGUCUGAGUUUGAUCAGUCGGCAUGAAGAGCAGUAACCUACAGUAUAUCUACAGUAUAAAUAUAUUUUUAUAACUCAAGAAAAAAAUUUAAAAAUCGUCUGAUUUAUUGGUAGUCAGGUUUUUUUCCCCCUAAUAAUGAGCAUUAAUUGUGGCUAUAGAGCGGCAUUUUGGUUGAGGCGGACCACUCUCCUCCGUGCGUCCCUGAGCUGCUGCUUCAGAUCCGUCACUCUGCUGUGCUGUGAGGUAGUUAGUGGAUGAAGAUUUGUCACUAUAGCGCCAUCUACAGGAUAAGUCGGGGAACUUUUCAAAUGGCCGAACAUUUUCAAAGUGAAACCGAAUCUUAUUCUCCGCAUUUUAUUUCUGAAAAUAUCUGCGAAAAUCUUUGCGUUUCGGCCGAUUAUUGAAAUAUUGAUAAAAUCAAUAAAUCAAUAAGUAUGUUCUUCGUGUUUCUCCUGACACGUCUAAAUAAUCUGAUUGUUCUUCUUUUUCUUCCCUCCUCUCAGCACUCGUACCCGACAGUGUGAAGAAAGAGCUUCUGCAGAGAAUCCGAGCUUUUCUAGCUCAGCACGCCACUUUGUGAAAGAGACAGUUCACCGUUUAGACAUUUUGUACUCGCUGUAGAUCCACAAAUACGACCCGAACUGAUGUUUGUCCCCAUCGUGAGCAAUGCCGAAGUGUUAUUUUUAUUUUGUAUUGUGUGUUUUCAUAUUGAUUUUAGUUUGUUAUGCUGCAGUUUUGGAAAAAAGAAAAUAAAGUCAUGCCUAUUUUGGUCAUGGAGGUGUGCAGACUUCUUCUUCGAGCUGCGGUUGAACCUUAAUGGAGGAGAUAAUCACUCUUAUCAAUCUUCAUUAAAUCAGUGAUUUUGUGCUAAUUGUGCUUUAAUUAAUCUAAAUAUAUUCUUUUAGUACAUUUUAAGGAAACAGAAUGCGUUUCCACCCACAGUUAAAUGUUUGUAUCACAGGUCCUCUUCAGAGAGACAGAUGUGUUUGUUCUGUCACAUCUGUCUGAACCGACAGGAAACAUGUUUUCACUUCAUUUUUCACAGAAAAACCUGAAGCUUCGUUCUCUGACGGUGUCUUUACUCUGUUGGACCGAGUGUGUAGUUCUGUGUGUGGGCAGUGUGAAAGCUUCUGUGUGUGUGUGUGUGUGUGUGUGUGUGGGUGGCUGGUGUAUUUUAGUGACUGCAUACAAUAGAUCUCUGUGUGAACGUGAUAUGAAACACAUGUCCUCAUUAUUUUAUUCUUCCUCUUAUUCUAGAUUUAUUCACCAUAUUGAGUUCCUCACUGACUUCAUGCGACUGAAAAAGUUCUUUAUUAAAACAUUAAAUCAACGUCGAGCUGUCGACUGUUUCAGCAACAGUUCUGCACCUUAAACAUAAAUAUUGAAACGACAUUAAAACCACAGAGAAAAUAUUGUGAAGUUAAAAAUCCGGCAGAGAACACAAGAACACGACUUUAGGACUGGAGGUUAAUGUGAAGUGAAGAUGUGAAGGCUGUCGGCUCUCAGAGGAAGGAAGACCGGGUCAGAGUCACUUCAUAUGAAUCAAAAAUAAACUUUGAUUUGUAAACUGGAAGAGGCCGUAAAGAUGGAGGGAUCAGUUUGUCUCCACAGACUGUAAGUUUGUCGUGACGCUCCGAACAUUCAUGACUGACUUCAUUACUCCUUUUCUUUGACAGGUUUGACAGAUGAUGAAUCUGUGAACAGCUUCCUAAACAAAAGUUCACCCCUCACCUCUACAAACGUGUCAUUUUCUCAUUAUCUCCUCCUUCCCCGUCCUGCUCGUGUCAAACAGCGUAAUUAUCCGUUUAAGCCGAGAGCGACUCUUAAAGGUGACAGAACCACUUUAAUCUUCGAAACACAAAAGAGGCGGUGCGUUUGAACCGUUGUUUUCUCACAGACGUUAUGUAAGAAAGUACGACGACGAUGAUGAUGAUAAUCAGCCUUUUCCUGUCCUGAAGCACGUGUGAGAACAUCUCUGCAGGCGUGUGAGUGAAAGAGCAACAACGACGACAACAACAACAGAACGACCCCCACUGAAGACAUGGAAAAGAUGGACCUAAAACACUAAAACAUAACUUUGAACAUUUUUAUAUUUGUCUCUUUGUGUCUGAAAAAGAAGUGCAGCUCAAUGAAAAGUGAUAUUUGACUGGAUAAAAGCAAACUGGAGUUUUGGAUAUAUAUAUAUAUAUAUAUAUAUAUAUAUAUAUAUAUAUUAAAAUACUCCUAAUGAGAAUUUGAUUAAUUUAGUGAGACUGCUUAAAGGAUAAAAAGCGAACAAAAAUGAGAAAACAGAGAAAACCAAGUGUAGAAAUCUUUAAGAAGAUAAAAAAUAAACGUGUUUUUCUGAACUGUCUGCUCUUCAGUUUUGAUGAACCCGCAGUGAUGAAGGAGUCGAACCCUCACCGUGUAAAUGAACAUUAACAGUUAAUCUUCAUCCAUCUUCAUACUUUCCGUCCGUCACCACUUGAGGUUGCUAAAGAUGCAGAUUUGAAGUAUCUCUUGAUCAGCUGAUUGGAUCUCCAAACCUGUCUCCGGACCCUCUCUGCUCUGAGUCUGUGAGGCUCCUGCUGACAGAGUCGUCGUUGUGCAACAGACUUUUAGGUUUUCACCUGUUUGCAUUUCCAGGAGCUGAAAUCACGAAAAACACGCAGGAAAAAUCUGCUGAAAGAAAGAUUGACAGUAUUCUGUGUUUCAGAUCCUGUUACUCUCGAGGUUAAAGCUGACAUGUUUAGUGGCGAUGACACCGUGGUGAAGGGAAACCCCCUGACGUUCAGAGUCUGGUCCGUCAGUGAUUUCAGAUCAGAAACGUCAUGUUCCUGUUUGAUUAGAUGUUGUUCGGCGUGUCUGAGUGUUUUAAUCGUCCUUGUUUGUUUAGUUUGUUAAGUCUUCUCCGUCUUCGAGGGUUUAACUCUUUGGCAAACUUCCACCUGCUGACAGACGUUUAAAAUAAUCAGAUUCAAAUCAAACAAAGAGAAAAACAACAGUCUGGUUUGCUUUAGCAGGUCAAAUACGGCCUCGAUGACGAAGCUUAGACUCGUGUUUGUUACCUGAAUGUAUUAACCUUUAACUCCUGUUCUUCAGUGAAUGACCAGAAUAAACUGACAGACACAGACCCUCUCAAAGAUAAAACUAAUGACUUUAAAAAUGACAGGCGCACAGAGAGUUUCCAUCAAACCCUGUUUUUCUCACAUUUUUGAUACAGAAAUUGGAACAUGACAGAAAUUAGGGGUACUUUUUGGCCACAGGGGGCGCCAAAAUCAACACAAAGAGAAAAUUUCACAUGGGAGCUUUAAAUGACAAACCUUUCUGCAGGAUGUGAAGAGGAUGUGAACAUUUAUGAAGUUCCAGGAUAGUUGAAAAAAGGACAGACGACAUGUGGAGAGAUUUUAUAUAUAAGUUACAAAACAUCUGAGCUGUUCUGGAAAAUGUGUUUUUAAGUCAUUCAAUCAUCCUGAUAAUUAAAGACACUUGAACUUGAUAAAUUAGAGUAAUCCUAUAAGAGUUACUGUUUUAUGUUUUUCUGAUUUCACCUUUUAAAACCGUCUCAGAACUUCCUCCUCUCCUCAUCACGGUCAUGACUCUGAUGUCCGCACAUGAAGAUGUCACUAACUCAGCGUCUCACUCUGACAUUAAAUAAAAAUGUUUGCUUUGAUGGGAGCGACAGAUUAAGAGUGUGGUGAAUAUUUGCUCAGAUUCCAGAUGACGAUUCCUCCAGUCCCCUCCCCCUCCCUCAGGUGAGAGGUGGGACACUGACCGGAGUUAUAAGGAGGCGGGCAGGUGAACGCUACAGGCAGACUCUCUUUCUUGAUCUCCUGUCGACACCUGAGAUAAACGACAGUCCAACAGCAUUUUUACAGGUGAGUCCAAUUUUAUUUUUCAUGUUUCAUUUCUGAUGCAGAUUAUUUGUGACAGUUCAGCGCCUUUUUUUACUCUUAUUGUCUUAUUUGGACUUUCUUUAAAAUCAAUAAUGUUAUUUUCAGAUCUAUCAUCACGUCAGACUGCAGGUGAGAGAAGAGCUGAAUCUGGGAAAUCCCCAGGAUGGAGUCCCUGCUGAAGCUGGUGGCUCUCCUCCUCUCGCUCUGCUGCUGCUGCGGUCAGUAAAAAUAUCUCCAGGUUCAGUUUUUAUGCUCCAACAGAAACUCAGAUUUACUGAUUUAAUAUGACUGAAUAUAAAUACACCUGCCUCUCUUAUAAUCUACUCAACGUCUCAUUAUGUCCAUUCCUGUGAUCCAGAUGAGUCACCGUGACAACAGAAACAUUCAUCCACAGCUUUCUCCACCCAUCUGAACUUCUCUCUCUUUUUUUCCUGGUUGUCUCAGGAGCUCAGAGCGUCUCCUUCAUCAGACCCAGAUAUGCGAGCGCUGCCGGAGCGACACACCUGACCAUUUUUGGAAAGGGUAAGGGUCCGACACCUCGAACUGUACUGCUUUGAUUCACUGAAACUGAUCCGUGUGUGUUGGAUGGAUCAAGGUCAUUUAGAGACUCGUCCUUCUUGGUAGAGUCGGCGUCAUGAGUCUGAACAGGGUCUUCAGUCUGACUCUGGACCUCGAUCCUUUAACCUUCUGCUGGAAAGUGAUGAUUAUAUUGGGUGAAGUGACGGUGGUUAGGAAGCUUUUAUUUUCUACUUCUUGGAGUCGUUUUAAAGUCGUUGGACUGACUUAAAAAAAAAUACAAACUUGACUGUGAAUCAAAUAAAUCCUAAUGUGUCCAGUUGGUUUUACUCUAAUAACUGUGAAAAUCUGAUGGAAUCGGUUUAUUUCUUCGUUUGGUUUUUCCCUCCAGGACACGUUUUGGGUUUAUCUUUGUACAGUUACUGGUUUUGACUUUUUUUUCCAGGUUUUUCCCAGAAAAAGUUCCAGUUGACCGCGAAGGAUGACAAGUUUGGGAACACUGUGGUUCUGGUUUCGGACAUAGUGACAGUCCCCUGCGACGUGGAGGCAGACUCAACGCACGGCAAUCAGAUACUGUGUUACACCAGGUAACCUGGAAGCCAAAGAGACUUUUUUAAUUCAAAGUUGACAUGUUGUAAAAUAAAAUGGAAAUUUAAACGUGUAAAAUGUCGUCAUCACAGAGCCCUGAAAUAUGGUGACUAUGCGGUGCGUGUCAUUGUGGACGGCGUUCCCAUUCCUGACCGUAACUUAUGCAACGGAAAUCCGAACUCCUAUCACUGCAGAGUCAUCGUGAGUCUCCGUCAUGUUGAAGUGAAUGUGUCCUCAGCUCAGUCAGUUUUUUUAACAGUCUCCUCUUCUCUAUAAACUUCCCCAGGUCCGCUGGUGGUACACGCCUGAUGUCAGUCAUUUUUAUCCCAACAGCGGCCCCCCAGGUAGAGCGGAUCACCUGUACAACAUACAGGAGGUCUGAUGUCCGGCUUUGUAUUAACCGCAGCUUUAAAUCUCUGCAGGAACCUUGGUGACCUUCGAAGGACUGAUCCACACCGACGUUUACGGGAGCAACGAGAAACUGGCCUCCAACGGCCUGAACGUCCAAAUGCUGAGGUAGAGAAGUUCAUCCAUGACCUUCAUUUCUCUGUUAAAGAUGUUUGUCUCAGAAACACGACCGACUAUCACGGACACGUUAAAGAAGAAAACUGAGAAUAAAGUCAGUCAGAUCUUUCAAAGUUAGUCUAAGUCCACGUUCAGACUGCAGGUCAUUCUGAUUCUUUAACCAUCUGUGACUCAUAUCUGAUGUUUUCAUCUCAGUGUGAACAGGUCAGUUCUGAUUGGUUCUGGUCUGACCCAGGCCUCUUUUCUAUGUGGAUAUAAAUCAGAUAUGUAUCUGAUGUGACUGCAGUGUGGACGCUCAGGUCGAGUUUAUCCGACCUUUACGUCAUCAAUAUGAGACAAACGUCACCGUUGUUCGACAACACAAACAGGAGCGGGAAGUAAUUUGUGCUUUGUGUUCAUGUGGGUCACUUCACGGACACAUUCAGUUCACAUUAGAUGAUCGUUGUUGUGACGUGAACGACCGCACAGAAAGAUCAGAUUGAACAAAAAAUCCGAAUUGUGCAUCAGAACCUGCAGAGUGAACGUAGCCUGAGGAACCGUGAACCAAACCCACGACUUUAUCAAAACUUUAUUCUUAUAAAAUGAUGACUUUUAUCUCAAACUGUUAUUUUUUACUACAAUUUCGUAUUUUUUAAUAAUUUUUAUGAGAAAAGAGGAGGGAAAUUUAAAAGGAAAAAAAAGAAAAAAACAGUUAUAUCUUUAUGUAUUUUCAUAUGAAUGAAUAUAUAUAUUUAUUUAUUUCAUUUUUUCUUUUUUAAUUUCAUCUAUUUAGUUUUGGUUUUUUUUGUUUCUUUGUUGUCCCAUUUUUCUUUUUACUUUCUUUUAAGUUAAACUGUUGUCCCAGCUUGUGUCUGUCCUGUCUUGUCUCCCCCAUCUGUCAUGUUUUGUUUUGCAUCACUUCAUAAAAAUAAAUUAAAUUAAAUUAAAUAAUUAAAAAAAAUAAUAAUAAUAAUUUGACUUCUUGAUUUUCGUAUGACUUUAUUUUGGUCAUACAAGUCCAGCUCCUCCAACUGUCCCUCUGAUAACCCGACCCGUUUCAAAGCUCGGUUCACAGUAAACGUUACAGUCCUGACUCUGAUUUCUGAACCUGAUCUUGUAAACUGCAGAGCCUUCGUCGCUGGGAUGCCAUGUGAGCUGCUGAAACCGAACUCAGAUGAACUGUGAGUUACUUUUUUAACGAUUUAACCAUGUCACUAAAAGUUUUUUCAUAUUUUCUGAUCCACGUUUUCUUCUCGUUGUAUUUCUGAAGGUAUCAGCUGAAGCUGAAUUCUGAGACAUCUUGGUGGGGCGCCCUGAGGUGCAAAAUGACUGGGACUUAUGUUGGUACGCAGGCUUUGUUCACAAGUACAUGUUCAUCUAUCCUGAACAAAAAUAAAAUAUGAAACUGAAAAUAAAGAUUUUUUCUCACCCAACAGGGAAUCAGAACGGGUCGUUCAUCAACACAUAUGGAAGGUAAAGUCUCGUUCGGACGCUGAAAACGAUCACGUCGUUUCAAAAACAGAGAAAACAUCUGGGAGAGAUAAAAGAAAACACGAUGUUGUUGUGAUUGAUUAACGAUAUCAAACAUUUUCCUCAAACUGCAGGAACGUCGUCAAAAAGAAAGUGUACAGAGUACGCGCCGUUUACAGCUCACCGCCAAAGCAAAGUCUCGCCAUGUUUCAGUCCUUUGCAGGUAUGUUGGACAUUUGUUUCAAGGUGAUUCAGACGUCGUCUCUGGUAUCUAGAACCUUCUAAAAGGCGAAUCUCCUCCUCAGAGGUGACAGGGGUCUCGCCACCUCAGGGAAGCGUCAUGGGUGGGACGCUGUUGACUAUCGAAGGACGCUUCUUUGAUGAAACCAACAGCCGAGCGCGAGUUCUGACCGGAGGUAAGCAUCGGCUGAAAAAAUACUGAGUGGCUCUUUUUAUAGAUCUAUCAAAGGUAUUUGACACUGAAGACCAUAAUCUGCUUUUACGUACACUUCGGCAAAUCGGCCAAUCAAACCAAGCAACAUCGUGGUUUGCAGACUACCUACAGUCUAGGUAGUCUGCAAACCACGAUGUUGCUUGGUCUGGGUCCUCGACAGUAGGUCACAAUGUGUCCAGAUGGCUGGUUCUACUUCUACCCUUCUGAAGGUCUCUAAAGAUGUACCUCAGGGUUCGAUCUUGGUCCCUAUUUCAUUCUCUGUCUAUAUUAAUAACCUGUGUAUCACUUUUAUGCAGAUGACACCAUCAUUUAUUGUUGUUCAUCAUUUGAGUUUUUACAGUCUGCUUUUGAUGUUGUUCAAUCUCGACUGCAGAAACUCAGAAUGGUCAUGAACACAAACUCCCGGGAACAGGUCAUUUUCUUCUUCUUUAAUAUUAUUAUUAUUUAUUAUUGUGAUGUGUGCUGCCGACCUCUCGGCCAGGUCAUCCUUGUAAAUGAGAUCUCGAUCUAAACAGGUUCUUACCUGGUUAAAUAAAAAAAUCUAAAUAAGGUGUAAGACUGUAAACUACUUUACAUGUGGAGUAACCUCAGAUAACCAGACCACGUCGGUCUAUUUCAGUCGUCCACCGUCUCUCCUCAUAAAAAGAACUAAAAACAGACAUGACUCUGGAGUGGAAACCGCUGCAUUGGGGUGUUUCUGUUUUGUGAAACUGAGAAAUGUUGACGUUGAAAGUUCAGAUCCUUCACAACACCGGUCUGUGAACGUAGGUGAUGAUGUGAAAACGAUGUGUCCUGUUCCCAUGCUAACAGUGUCGAGCGUGAAUACAUGUCUGCAGCCCGUCUCCAAAACAAAGUCAAACUCAUUGUUCGGGCCCCGAGACGUGCAAAGGUGAUAAUCCUUGUCAAAGCUCAAGAAUGUGUGUACACUUAAAAGACCGAACAACAAAGAGAAGUUCAGAAGUUGUCACACGGCAGAGGAAGGAAUCUGGAGAAACCUUAGAGGCACAGUCGACCAUGAAGAGAACAAGCUGAUGUCUUGCAUAAGGCCCACGGGUCAUUUCACGUGUUUUAGUCGAAAAGUUACAGGACGAUUAACUUAUAAGUCAAGUUGGUUUUAUUUACUUUGCACUUCAUCACAAAAGAGUGUUUCUGAGGGCACCUUAUCGUACCAGAAACAUUCACAAACCUGGACUGCUUUUUCCUAAUUAAACGCCUAUUCCUGAACUCCAAUGAGUCCAAGUCAGGAGAAACUUAUUAAAGUCAGAAAUUUACUAAAGUCAGACCGUGUCCGAUGUGUCCGGUGGCUUUUCUCAAAACUCAAAACUACCAUCUGAACAUUUUCUUUCCCGACACCUGAUUUUGUCCCUCCACAAAAAAAUACAAAAAUAUAAAACGACAUAUUUAGAGAAAAGUCAGCUGAAUAUGCAUCUCUGAAGGUAGUUUGAUAAAUGUCACAUAAGGUCUUAAAGUGCUCACAGAGAUAUCAGAUCAGGCUCCUUUUCAGUACAGUUCUCUAAAUAAAACACUGUACAAAUCUAACAAUGCUGUUUUAUUCUCCAGUGAAUAAAAGACCAUUUUUAAAACAUAAAAUCAGCCUAAAAAAACACAAAAGUAGCUCUGGAUGUCCAUCAGUUCGUCUCUUGCUUUGGCCAAAUCCUACACUCACAGUAACUCAGUCUGGUUGUAAAUCUGCAUUUGUUAUCGCUUCUAUAACGUUGAGAAAAACCUGCAGAAAGCUGUUGACAGAGAGCUCUGACUGCACCAUGGUGUCUUUCUCAGAGUUGUAGUGAUUCUCGGGUUCAUGUGGUUGUUAUAAAAUAUUGUUCUUGUCUCAAAAUGUUCCCAGUCUGAGAGCGUUAACGAUCGUUAUAGAUGUUCAAACUCAUGCUGCUCGUCUGUUUGAAGAAAACAGCAAAAAAAAAACUCUUAAAAAGAACUACACAUUUCAUAUAGUAAAUAUCUAUAGACUUCCCACUGAGCAAUAGAGGACUCUUACACAUCCAGGUUUUAUUUUAGACAUAAUUUCAACGAUCAAGAGUCUGUAUAUUUAGACAGAAUUUAGACUUUGCACUUUAAUCCGUUAUUUGAUAACUAUUUCUUUCAAAGAGCAACUUUGAGUCGCGUAACUGAUCUCCAAGUACUUCACCAAAAUAAUUUUGAUAGCCAUUGAGCAAAAUACAGUGUAGUAUAGAUAAAGAUCAGAUUUAGACUUGGUCUAAAUUUAGACGUCUAAAAAUCUGUCUUUUUUUAGACCUGCAGUCGCCUGAUUUUAGUCGUCUGGGCUACGUUUAGACGUCUAUUAGACCUUCUUUAGACCAAAAAAUGCUCAGUGUUAGUUCACUCAUGUACUUUUAACUCCUUAUUACUUUGCAAAAGUCAAACAGAAGCUGUUUUAUUUUUUGAUUGAACUAAAAAGAACAGAGAUAAAAUUCCCUUGUAUUUUUAACGGAGCGUACUCACACUGACUGAAAUCUAAAACCUCAAAAAUGCUGCUGGAGUUGUCAGUAAACACUCCUGAGUCUGUGAAAGGACGCAGAGGUGAGUACAUGGUGAUUAAAUUGUCACUUUGCGGUUACCUGUUACCUCCUAUUGUGUUUCUGAAUCUGUGGAAAGCCUUUGUGAGCCUUCAAUCACUCACACUUUGUCUUCUCCUCAGGCCUGCCGUGUGACGUCCUGAAUGUGUCCGAUGACAAAAUUACCUGCAGAACCGCCAAGUAUGAGACGAACAACAAUAGGAAGAUCUUCCCAAGUAAGGAGCGAAUGCACCUGUUUUUCUUCUUCUCUUUGUUCCAUUCAGCCAGAGCUGAUCUUGAUCUGUCAUCUUGCUCAAUAUUGUACCGUGAUGGUAUCUGUGCAACAAGUUUACAGCAGAGCUGUAUACCUGGAGGAUGGCAGGAAUUCAAAGCAUCUCUUUAACUCGCUGACAAAACUGUCAUCUUUAAGACGACGGAUUCGUCCCAUCACCUGUCAAAGAGACUUUGAUGUGCUGUGUACUGUAACAAGAUUGUGUAUUAUCUGAUCGAGAAAAGUACACAUGAAUCAUACUCUAUGACAACAGCAGACCGAGCUUUUGUUUCUCUGCUACUGUAAAAAUCCAAGAUGGCUCCUCAGACCGCUGUGUGUUUCUAUCCUGCGGUCGUUACUAAAGUUAAUUUUUUGCCAGAAUAUCCCUUUAAAGCUCCUGUAAGGAACUUGUGAUUGCGGGUGCUUUCAUAUGUCCACCUUGGCUUGAAUUUUCCUUUGGUUCUCAAUUAAGUUCUUCUUCUUCUUCUUCUUCUUCUUCUUCUUCUUCUUCUUCUUCCUCUUCUUCUUCUCUACACACAGAGGGAAGAGGCUUUUUCGUGGAGAUAUGGAACAACACAAAGACCAGAUCCCCUUCUGAGAUUGCCGCAUACACUGAUGAAACACCAGGAUACUGGAGCAUGUGGCGGCAGGAUUUGCCUGUCACCUUUCCUCAGGCAUUUGACAACUUCGCCACACGAACCAAAGGCCUCUUCGCCCCUCUGGAGAGCGGCAACUACAGAAUGACGAUCAAAUGUGACGAUAAGUGUGAGCUCUACCUCAGCAACUCCAGCCGCCCAGAAGACAAGGUAGGAAGAGAGUUUGCUUCAAAGCUGACGUGGCGUCCAGUCAUCAUUUUGGUUUCCUGCUUUAACAUGUUUUUAUUGAAACCCGUGUUUCAGGUCAAGGUUGCAGAACAACCUUAUUAUACCGCAGGAUCAAUCAGCUCACAAACAUCGUCUGUGGUGAAUCUAGAGGCAGGACAGAAGUAAGUGAAGGACACACUUCUCUCCAUCAAUAAUUCUUCACUGAAGCCACAAAGUGAGACUCUUUUUUUCCCUUUAGCUACUACUAUGAGCUUCUGCAUCAGGAAUAUGCCGGUGCAGCACAUUUCACCUUCGGCUUUAAUUACGAGGGCAGCUCCUUCACUGAGGACCAGACGGAUGAUGCCGUGAACGAGGUUCAGCAGAUUAUAGCUGAAAAUCAAGUGUUUGAUGAAGAACAGGUAUGCUAACUGAUCAUCUGGAUCCGUAUAUAUAAAGGACCGAUCCCAAUUGUUACUCUUAUCCCCCUCAUCUUAGCUAUUUGAGGGCCAAGGCUAAGAAACGAAUCGCUGAUCAAUUCUCGCUACAUCAUCAUACUUUUCCGCUUGCUUGCUGUGUUGUAGGCUGAUGCGACGACACCGCUGAACAAGUCGGAAAGCAAUGCCGUUAUAAGCUAUUAUUAGCACGGCAUAGCACGGUAUUUCACUCAUAAAAGAGCAGAGGUAGGAGCUCCUGAUGUAGAUUCUUUGUUAGAGGUUAUCGAUGUUCUGAACGUAGCUUACCUGUCUGACCAUUCUGCCAAAUCAUUCAUAAAAUACAGAACAUUGUUGUAAAGUCCACUUCCUGUGAAUUUGUCACCGGAGUCUGACAUCAGUGUAGCUAUCAUUAGCGAUAGCUUUGUUAGCUAGCUCAUCAUAACACGCGAUCAUAGACUGUAUAUACUAUGGACAACUCGGCUCCACUUUCCAGCAUUGUUAGGGUGACCAUACGUCCUCUCUUACCCGGACACGUCCUCCUUUUUUGGGGGGGGCUGUCCGGCCUUGUCCAAGUUUAUAAAAUUCUUCAACUGUGCGGGGUUUUGUACGAAAGUUCAGAGUUUGUGUCGUGUUGACUUACUGAGUAAGAAACGCGUAAAAGAUACUCGAUCCAACCUGAAAAACUUUCAAAAUUAACUAGGCGCAGCUCCGUGACUCUGCCCCCAUGUAGUCGUGUCCUCUUUUUGGUGAUUCAGUAUACGGUCACCCUCGUCGUUAUACGAAUUUGAAGCCGAAUUACUUUCAGUAUUUCCAAGAUUUUCUCCACUUCCUGGAACCACCACUUGUGCAGCAGCGGUGUACGUAUUCGGCGGAAGAUUGGCAUUGGCCCUUCAUGUUCCAUAAACCUUCAUGGGUGAAAACAAAACCCCUUCCUCUCCCUUUCUGCACCCCUUUUUUGGUAUGUCCAGGUUGUUUCCUUAAUGUCUUGGCCCAAGAGCGCUUCCCGCAUCAAGGAGGUCCAGAAGUUGACCGUGAAGAGCGACUGUGCCAGCCAUCUCUGCGCGAGCACCUUCUUCAGCCUUGGUUAUGGAGAAGCAAAAACAGGUGAAACGAGAAGGCGUUAAAAACCCUAAACCCGUCACUCACAUGUGGAACGAGUUCAUCUGUGGCUCACAUACUGUUUGUGUUACAGGACCAAUCCCAGUUACCGCCUCGUCCGAUAUGGUGGAAGUGUACCUGAACGACCUUUUCUCGAUCAAGCCCGACACUGUCCAGGUCACCAAGCAGGGGGACGACUUCACGGUCACGUUCGAUUCUGACAGAGGUAUGAGAAACAGAAAUGUGACUAUUCAGUGGAAAACACGAGGAAGUCGAUUAAUCGUGAGUCUGUUCUUAAUGUAGGGGAUUUUGAGCUCCUGAAGUAUGAGGUCUUAAGCCCCGACAUCAACAUCACUGUUACUGAGGUAACAAAGGGGGAAAGCAACAUGAAGACCUUCACUCUGCUCUUGGAUGGACUUCAUACAGAACCCAUCCCCUACAAUGCAACUCAGUCUGAGGUCUGUCCAGCAAGUCCACUUCUCAGUAUCUUCUCAAGUCUCUGUGAUAGUUUGUCAAACCAGAUAUCAGCGUGAGUAUCUGCUUAUCUUGUGAGCAGGUUCAGUCGGCUCUGAUGACAGCUCUGAAAGCUGACUGUCCCGAUGAGAUCGAGAGACCCGAGGGGACUGAUGUGGCUUUCUAUAAAGACUAUGAAGAUGACAAAUCGAAGGUGAGUGGGGACAAAAACUAAACCUGAGUCCUGCAGGUCCAGACCAACGCACAGAAGUGAAGUUUUCUGUGUCUGAGUCUGUUCUUCUUUGGUUCUCACCAGUAUGACAGUGCCGAGACAGGGACUCGAGUGAAAACCGGUUUCUGUGGCUUGUGGUCUCUGAAGAACCCCGGAGCUCCUUUCAAGACCAGCUACAUAAAAGACAAUGGUGAAAAAUACGGAGCGAUUUCUCUGGACGUAUUUCCCUGGGUAAAACAACCACGUCGUCUUAUUACUCGUGUUUCUGUGCGUUUUAAAUCUGCCGCAGUGACGUAGUAUAAAAAUUCUGUGUGUCCUCGCAGAUCUGCUUUGCAUACAGGGGGGGACUCAAGGAUGAAGUCGGAAUAAAAUUCACUUACAGCAACAGCCAAGGCCGAGCCAAAACUGAGACGGCCAAGAUCACUGCGGUUUUCAACAAGGAGGACAAGUCAGUGAAAACAAAUGACCGAUUUGUGCGAUUUCAGCAAAAUUUCCAGCAUAAGAAUAAGAGUGUGAUUCUUUCUUGACAGGUGGAGUUACAAAUGCAUAGACCUGAAGAUGUCCCUGCAGGGGGAAUACACCGGGGGCAAAUUUAGUAUGCAAGAGCUCCGCCUCUACAAAAAGGACUCGGACGUGGAUUUCUUCAUGGAUGCCCUUUACAUCGGAAAAACUCCCACCACAAAGAACGAAAACGGUACAGUGCACUUCUGAUUUCUUGAUGUCCAAUCAGCUGUUUUUGCAGACAGUUCAGUCCUGUUCAGCCCUCAGUUGAUAUCUCACGUUGAUUCUUACAGCCGUCCCUCUCAAGAGGAGACCUUCACCUAAUGGGGAAAAAACCUUUGAGGGGAUCAAAGUCAGCCGAGAGGAAUCCUCCAACUCCACAAUCAGCUACAAGAUCAAAAUGACGCCAGAUGACUGUGCCUCUGGGUUUCCGAUGCUCCAAGUCGGCUUCUCCCAGGUCCGUUUAUUUGUCUGAAUUAUUGACGUUAUCGUGUAGAGGCCGAACAGACUGACGUAUUUGACUGAUCCAUCAACCUUACUUUGGCAUAAUGUAUGUGCAACCCCAAUGAAGGUGAGAUGUUGUCUCAUUCUUGCCUGAGCAGUUCAGUGUCAUGGUUGUUGUGUUUUCCGUCAAAUUGCACCAAAUGAAUAAAAGUCUGUUCAGCACCAGGACCCUUCUACUACAGAGCCAUACAGCAGCAUGACUCUGUAGAAGGAGGUUUUAUCCACUAAGAUAAACCAGCACCCCUUCAUUUCAGUGUUCCAGAAGUUCUGCCAAACUCUCCUAUAAAAGUGUCUGACAUGAGCGCGUCGUCACGUUGUAGCUGCCCGGCUCGCUGUGACUGUUCAGGCUGUUUUGUUUUUUGUUCAGUUUCUCUGUUUCUACCGGGCGCCACGUGAUCCACUUCAGCUCACGUACCUUCACCAUCAGUGGAAAUGUUCGGCUCGUACGAACACAAUGACUGACUGAAAAGUAAUUUGUCAUUCACACCUUUAUGACAGCUGGAGAGAAUAUUUCCAGGAGGCACGACUCCUCCUUCCUGACAGAUUCUGAAUCACACGACUCAAACGUACCGUGUCGGGCGACAUUUUGACGACUGAUUGUCUUUUGCGCAAAUUUAGAUGUCAAUCAAAUUGUGUGCCGACACUCCCACGCAAUCUCACAAGCUGUCGAAAAGGUCGAUUAUGCACUUUAUCUUUCCUAGCUCGGUUUCAAAAUGUUUGUGAAAUCUUGUUUCAUGAAGAAACUCAGACACGCACUUCUGAUCAUGAUAUCGUGACUUUCAGGAGGUUUGAAUGCUGAGCGUCGCUCUGCUGUACAGUCAGGGUUUGAGUGAUGUGCAACAGAAACUGAUCACAAAUUGAUUAUUAUGUUUUAUAGAUGUCUGACAGCGGCGAGGACAUGGUUGAGUACAACUACGGCCAAGCCUCCAUAAGAGUCAGCCGCAAUCACAGAGCCACCCCUCGUCUGUCCGGCACCUUUGACUUGGGCUUUCAAGACUCAUGGGUUAAAGGUAUUUCUGAGAAGUUUAUCCUCGUACAAACACUUAACGAACUCCAACUUUGCUUCAUUCACUCUUGUGAAGUGAAAAACCAUCAGUCAUUGCCUUUUCUCAGAUCUCUCAGUGGACAUCAGUGCGGAGGACCUGACCUACGUCCUGCAGGGAAUUAAAGGGAUGGGUCAGGUCAGUGUUAGCAAGCAGGGAAGCUGCAGUCGACCGUUGUGGAGGAUAAAAUGGCUCACAAACUCUGGAAACCAGCCGGAGCUACAGGUCAGACUCUGAGUCUUCUUUCAGUCUCUUUUCUGAGACUUCUUUCUCCCACAGUUUAAACUUUGUUCUCAUGUUUCAUGAAUUCAUACGUAAAGAAAACUAUAAGUUGGAUUGACACCUGACUGUGAUUUAUUUCCACGGCAGAUUAACGGCUCAAAGAUUAUCGGCAACAACGUGAAAUCCUGGGUCCGUGAAAGGACAGGUGGAGGACUGAGAAUCAAGAGCUUGACAGGAGACUACACACGUUUCUGGGGAACAAAACCACAGGUAAACCAGGGGUUCGAAAACAUCCGGGUUGGGUUUCGUCAGAUGUCUGCCGUCUGUUCGCUGUGUUUGCUUAGUGCACCUCCGGCAGAGCGAGUCCUAUUUUUGUCUGUGCUGCUGCGUUCGUACAUUUCGUGCCUCGAGGCAGGAGGAAGGAUUAUACUGUCAUGUUUGCACGCUACUAAAUAAUUGCUAAGAAUUAUGCACUACAGGUGAAUGGCAGCUUCUGCAGACACCUCCAUCAUUAUUGACAGAAGCAGUGCCACCGUUAGUCCUCACUCUAACCCGGUGUGGUUUUUUCUUUUGCAGGUUGAAGUCUACAUCAAUGGUAUCCCCUCGAACUGUGUCGGUGAUUGUACGUUUGAGUGGUCGAAGGACAAGACCCCCGUUCUGACUGGAGUCAGCCCACCCAAAGGUGACUCAUUUUUUCUGUCAACAUGAGGUGGAAUGUUUUGAGCUGAACAGCUUGAUUCAGACGGACAGUUAUGGAUCUGAGGAAAGUCAACAGCUGUGGACACUUAAAUAUUCAGAAUUAAGUAUUUUUGAGAGAUAAUGAAGAAGCACUUAUUAGUUGGAAAGUUUUUGUGAUUUUCUUUCUUAAUGUUUAUGAAAUAACUUCAGAUACUUCUGGAAACUUUCAGGAUCAGACCACCUGGGGACUCCUCUGACUAUCACUGGGACUAACUUCAGUAAUGAGAAAGCAGACGUCUUUGUAGGGAACACCAGGUGCCAUGUUGAAAAGUUCUCAGGUCGGUGUCUCAAAUACUAAGUUGCUGAAUUGUCAUUUUUCUUAAAAAGGAGUUUAAUCUUAUAUUUUUAUUGUUUUCCAGCAAACACUCAGGUGUGCAGACUCGGCAGCUCCAGCGCAGGGACCUACCCCGUGUCAGUCAGCUUCCCCUCUCUGGGUAACGCCAGCACCACAGACGGCAACAUCUUCUACUUCACCUACGAGUCGGGUAUUUCCUCUUUCUCCCCGCUCUCUGGAAGUCUGGCAGGUGAGAUGUCAAUCCUGAGUAAACCCGCACAAGUCCUGAAAGCAUUUCAACCUCCAUUUUCUCAUUUUUUAAAAUCCUGUUUUCUUGUUUGUUUUUUCCUUAAAGGAGGGACUCUGCUGACGUUCCUCGGUUACGGCCUCAGUCUGGACUCCACAGUUACUGUUGGUGGUGCAGAGUGCAAAGUGGUCAAUGGCAAUGAGACAAAGCUAACCUGCAGAACACCAGCAGUAAGAGCUUCAAACUAUUAUCAGACAUGUCGUUUUCCUCUGCUCUCUAAAAAAACUGAUUUCAUGUGCAGAUUUCGUGGUCCACACAUGUUUUAAGGUCCUCGAGGCACCGGUUGCUGAUUUGAUUCGUUUUGCUCCAUCUUAAGGCGGCCCUACGGCGUGAACAACAACCCACAAAAGACCCAGUUACUGAAUAACAACACUGAAAACCUUGGAAAUUAAAAAUCAUGGGAUUUAAUAAUUUAAAUACAAGUAAUAAAAUCAAACUCACACAUUUAUUUUGUCCCUUUGAGAGCAGAGAUCUCUUUCCAAAGAGGGGCCUGAGUAUGAAAGCAGAACAAAGUUUCAACAACAAAGUUUUUAGACUCUCACGGUAGAAUUAAAGAAACUCAUCAAAGGAAUCAGACAAACAUUUUUCCUCCGGACUUUUCACUUGGGGUUUGGAAAUGUUCGGGCUCAUUAGGUUUCUCAGAUUCUUCCAGGAAGAAAGUGCAAAAUACCAAAAACGUUCUCCUCUGACUCAGUUUGGACAACAAAGUGCUCAAAGUUUAACAAACAAAGGUUGUGAAUUUGCCCAGAGAUGAAGAUUAAACCCAGUAAGAACAUGUGACGUAGAGAGAGGCGCCUGGUUUGACCUGAGGUUGAAUCAUGUCAGGUGGAAACUCAAGAUAAACCGAUAAACCGGGUUCUCGGACGCUCUGUCGAUUUUUAAAACUUCAUCAUUUUUCUAUUUUUGAUCCAUUUGGCUUUUAUGUAUGAAAAAAAUCUGAUCAUGUAGUUUUAAAUGAUGAAAUAAAAUAAGUGACCCAUUUUAACAAAGACUGUCAUUCAGACAUUUCAGCUAAAGUUCGCCAUGAGUCACCGGUCAGACAAAAACAAGAGUCCUUACAAAAAGAUACCAGACCAACAGUCAGAGCACUUUCUAUUUCUGUCACUAUUUUUAAUAGUGUGUGUCAGCGCCGUCACUGGGUCAAGUCUGAUAAAGCCAUCGAUGACGUGAGUCACAUAGCAUGACAAAAGGAACAUCUUUGACAGAUUAAAGAAAGCAGGAUGAGCUUUUUUUGUCUUCAGACAAUACCGUCACGAAUGCACAGGACACAAAUGACACAUAUCGAAGGCGCCGCCUGGUCUGAGGGUGUGCCAGUGUCGUGCCAGGAUUAAUCUCAUACGAAGCUAAUCGGUUCAGCGGCGAAUAAAAGCUUCUGUUGUUUCAGGGAACUGCAGGUUCAGUGAAAGUCGUGAUGCAGGUGGGAAACAAAAGUCUGACAGCCGGCAGCUUGUUCACCUACAACAGUAAACUCACACCUCAGAUCUCAAGAAUGGGUCCCAACACCGCCACUGUGACAGGUGAGUGAGUGGGGCCAACCAGUCAAUACAUCCAAUAAAUCCAGCUUGUUUAACUGAAAUCAUGGUAACACUUUACAAGAACCAUAACUUAUUAAUGGUAAAUAGACCAUUGAUAAAUAGUCAGCAGAUACAAAGAGAUACUGACACACAUUUUAAUCUAGAUGUUUUACAACCAAUAUUUAAACCCUAUAUAAACCUUAAAUAAACAGUCAAUUUGUUAAUAAACAUUAAUAAACUAUCUAUUUGCCAUUUAUAAAUUACUGUCCACUGUCCACUGUCCUUCAUUCUGACACCAUUAGUUUUGUUCCAGUCCACUGAAAUGUGGACUUGCAGGUUUUUUCUGUUUCUGUCCUCCAUGCCAACUGAAGACAGUCACUUAUAAUUAUAGUAUGCCUGUGUGGAAAGCAUCACCACAAUGAGAAUGCCUGUUAAUACAAGAUAACAUGGAAUCAAUGAGGUGACAAGUGCCAAUUAUCGCGACUCUUUAGCCUCUCAGCGGAAAAAGACUGUUGACUCUUUGUGGCGUCUUUAUUUUAGGAGAACAAGUUCUCACCAUCACGGGUUUGAACCUGGGAGGACAAAGCGAUGACAGUAUGGUGCUGGUCGGCAAGAAGGAGUGCAUGAUAAUGAAGUGGGUUGACACCGAGAUCAAGUGCCUUCUUCCUGUGCUGCCACCUGACCUGUACAAGGUGUACGUGCAGGUUGGCAACAAUGGCUACCCUCAAACAAGGUGAAGCUCGAAAGUACUCUGAAAAUCAACAGUAUAAAAACAAGAUGAGAUACCAGCAUAAAAUAAGAGGUCCUGCUUUGUCCACAGGGGGCGCCAAAAUCAACACAAUCAAAAUUAUUUCAUCCUCUGCUUUUUUUUUGCAGGGACAAUGUGGUCACCGAAAUCAAAUACAUCUUGGAGAUCUACAGCGUCUCCCCUAAAUUUGGCUCUUUGCUCGGGGCGACCAGACUGACCAUUCCAGGAUCUGGUUUCAGCUCUAAUAUCCUUGACAACAAAGUCUCUGUUGGUAAGCAACCAUCAGUAACUUUUCAACCUUGGUGGUAAAAUACGUGAGUACAUGAUCUCACUUGUCUUUCCGUGGUUUUUGGUUCAACAGGAAAGGCUGAUUGUGAAGUGAAAUCUGCCUCAGAGGAUGAACUGCAGUGUGUUUUGCUAUCGGAGGAGAAGACCCACAUAGUUACCAACCAGGGAACGCACCACAGUAGGUUUAGUUUUUGUUUAAUUAGUUUGACCCAUCCUGAUAACCGCACAUGCGUUUAAACAGACUUCUUAUAUCUGCGUUUUUCUGUUUGUCGUAGCUCACGGACAGGGGUAUGCGUGGGAACCAUCCUCUCUGACAGUGUAUGCUGGUGACACAGUUACGUGGCGUAUGAAAGCUCCAGCCUUCCAGCAAGGCAGGCUUCGAGUAUUCAGUGUUUCAACACCAAGUGGUACCACCUAUGAAGACGGGCCGUUCAACAGUGGUGAUAUCGGGGUAGUAGAACAAGGUAGAGCACCUUGUUAACAGUAGUUUUACAUGAGUAUUGACAAACUCGCUCAGCUUGAUGUGUUUUAAAAUGGUUUCAGCUUCACUGUGAGUUGUAAGAAAGGACGCCAUGACUGCAGACUCCACGUGUUUGAAUCAGCACUUCAGGGUUUGUAUAAAAACUUCCUCUUUCUUUCUCUGAACAGCAACUUUCAGUUAUCGCUUCACCAUCCCCGGUACCUAUUACCUCAGCGGAUAUGUUGACACCAAAGACAAGAUACCUUUGCAGGGAUCUGUGGUGGUCGUAGAUCGAGAGGAAAAGACCGAAGAGAUCGACGUCGCUGUAAAAGGAGUGGAGGCCAAACAUGUUAAAAAAGGUAAAUUUGAAUUCGUUCAAACAGCGCAAUUAUCCAGUGAAUCACACCACUUGAAAUUUGUGACACUGAUGGAUUCAAUCGUCUCCCCUCAGAUUCUAACAGCCAAUCCACAACAGCCCAGCCGUGCAUCGCCUUCAUACAAUGUUCACACACCACCAACACGUCAGAUGACUUAACAUUCAGAUUCACCGCCUGUGCCACGCCCAAAGUCAACUCCAUCUCGCCCAACCAGGGGACAUACCAUCAGGUCAUCCACAUUAAGGGCUCAGGAUUCAGCGACACAGCCUGCGCUAAUGAGGUCAGCGGUAACUUAAACGUAAACAUAAAAGCACGCCAAUAAAUAUUGAAAGUUAACAUGAUCACAUGUCUCUGCGUAGGUGACGGUGGGAGGUCAGCCCUGUCAGGUGAUCAACAGCUCCAAUUCUGACAUCUACUGUCGACUGAGCAAAGACAGUGGGCUCGCCAUCGGUGUCCCUCACUCUGUAGCUCUCAGGGUCAACAAUAUUGGAGAAGCAAUCAUCGCCGUGCCCAAAGAGCUGCAUCGCCGUUUCGUGGUUCUGCCUGUGGUAGAUUCACUCUCGCCUCAAAUCGGCAGCACUACCGGCUACACUCGAGUCCUCAUCCUCGGUUCCGGUCUCUCCGAAGGAAAAGUCUCUGCGGCCAACAUGCCGUGCGCUGUUGUUGCUAUGAACUACACCUCCAUUGUCUGUGACACCUCUCCUUCAGCGCCGCGAACUGGUGAUGUGGUCCUCCAUAUGGGCCGCAUCAAAAGCUCCUGUCAAUCAAGCUGCUCCUUUGAGUAUUCGCCCUCCGUCACUCCUGGGGUCAAAAGUAUUUCCCCUGACAGCAUCAGUGGGCCCUCCACAGUCACCAUCUCUGGCUCUUCGUUUGGUACCGAUAAGGACGGCGUGGCGGUGUUUGCCAGUGACACAGAGCUGGAGGUCAUCACAGUAACCGAUGACAGCAUUUCAGCGAAAGUCAACUCUCUUUCUGCGGGAAACCAUCCAGUCCAAGUAAUUGUGCGAAGCAAAGGUCUUUCGUCCGGCUCUCUCACCCUGACCAGCGAAGCUAAAGCCGACGUCAACCCUGUAGCGGGAAGUCUGGAAGGAGGAACCCCUGUGGUCUUCACUGGAAAUGGCUUCGCUCCCGGAAACACAAGCGUGAUGAUCGGCGGUAAGACCUGUGAGAUCAUGGAGGUGACGACAGCGCGGCUUCGCUGCUUGACACCUCCUCAUGAAGAAGGGGAGCAGAACUUCAUUAUCCAGGUGUUUUCGGUGCAGUAUCCUGCUCUGGGCUUCAACUACUCUCUGGAACACACUCCCAUCAUCCGCUCUGUCAGCCCUGCCAAAGGUAACUAUGCUCCUCUACCUCCUCUUGAUUUCAGCAUUUCCCAUCCAUCUUCCUUUACCUUAUCUCCUUCCUUGUUUGUUCCCUACAGGGACGAGCCUGACCGUCAUCACGCUGACAGGUUCAGGAUUUGGCAACGACCCUGAGCAGGUCCAUGUCCCCAUAAAUGGCGUCCCCUGUGCGGUAUCUGCUGUCUCUGACUCAAAGUUGACGUGUACAGCAGGAGAAAGCCCGGGGGGAACGUUUGAGGUUGUGCUGCGUCACAGUGUCGAUGGUUUUUCCCAGUCGAAUGUCACGUUCCAGUACGAGCUCAAACUGGACAGUGUGCAGCCUAAAGAGGGUGAGUGGAAAGAAUUACCCGAACAUUUUCCCAGUGUUAAAUGUUCCCAGUAAAAUCAGUACAAAACUAUACUAUACGAUACAAUAUGGAACAAUACAGUAUGAUACAAUACCAUAUGACAUGAUACAAUACAAUUUCAUACAAUACAAUAUGAUACGAUUUGAUAUGAUAUAUGACAAGAUACAAUACGAUACAUUAUGAUACGAUAUAAUACUUUAAAAUAUGUUAUGAUACCAUUCCAUACCAUACCAUACGGUUUGAUACGAUACAGUUUAAUACGAUACAAUAUGAUACGAUACGAUACAAUAUUAUACUAUGUGAUUUAAUCUGAUAUGACAGGGUACAUUUUCAUACUCCUGGAAGCUGCGCCCUUUUUGUAAACUUGUUUUUAAUUCCAUAAGUUAUUUUUUGUUUGUGGUACAGGCAGUUUCGCUGGCGGCACUCCGCUGUCUCUGCAGGGUUCUGGCUUUGACCCGCUCAACUCUGUCGUGAGUAUCUGCACGGAGGAGUGUAAAGUGGACCGGAACAUGUCAACAUCGAAUCGUCUUUACUGCGAGUCUCCAUUCAACAACGGUAAGUCACUGAGAUUAUCCAAAAUCAUGAAUGCACAAAGAUUAAGUCAGUCCCUUCAGAGGCUAACCUCACAGCUGGACUAGUUUGUUCCCAUCAGUCAGGAGCUAAAAAUAUCAGAAACCAGCAGGAACACAUUCUUUCUAGGAAACAUGACAGUUUGACCUUUCUUAGAAAGAGAGGAUUAGGGAAUUUUCUUCAGAAGCUGUUAGAUAAUGAGUCGGAAUCUGCAAGAGUGCAGCUAAGUAUUUAAAGUGUUUCAUCUUAGUAAAGGACAUUUUGGAGUAGAGCCGUGUGAAGGUGUUUGAAGACCUGGAAACUACAAUGUGAGGUGAACUAAAGAUCAUAGUUACAGAUGGAAAUGUCUUUGCCCUUUUAUUUGGCAGAGGACAUGGAAAGUGGUCUGAAGUAGCUUGUAUGACAACUAAUUUGAACAAAAAAAGACAGUAAACUCUUGUAAAUCCCCAAACUACAAAUAAUCGAUUCAAGCUGUAAUAGGCUCCUUCUAAACAAAGAAAGGUCUCCUUGGUUUGUUGUAGUUUUCAAUAGAAAGAAUGUGUCCCUGCUGGUUUUUAUUUUUAGUCCCUGACUCAUUAUAACAAACCAGUUUUGUCUGAGUUGAACUUGAACGGAGACAGAGAGGAAUGCGAUCGGUCUUUUGUAUGUAUAGAUUGACGGCCUCGUCAGAUCAGACAAUGUCUCAUCAUCUCAGACUGUUUGUUAUCUCUGAGCACUCGUCCUGACUCCUCUCUUUGUUGUCACAUGUUUCUGUCCGUCUGGCGGUCUGGGCGUCCCGUCUUCUCUCAGGCACUGACUCAGAGUUGAGCUGCAGCAUCGUCGUCUCUACAAAGAAUGAUGCCGUCACAAUAUCAGGUGGCUUUACCUACAAAUCUCAGCUGACUCCGGUGAUCACCAAGGUUUCUCCGCGCAGAGGAGGCACUGCUGGAGGCACGCUGCUCACAAUCACCGGCUCGGGUUUCAGGUGCAGUUGAGCGGAAAAAUCUCUGCAGAGAACAUUUGACACAAUGGAGAGCCACACCUAGAUCAUGGACCACUGAUCGAGGACUAACAGUUCAACUUACAUGUACAAUAGUUUUCAGUUUACAGGAAGUCUUUGUUUUCAAUGGGGCUUAAUGUGAAGACACAUGCUGGUGGUUUUUUCCACACUAGAUCUACAAAAACAAAAACUUCUCAAAUCAAACAUCGAUUUAUUCAGCACUUUAAAGCUUCUUUUAAACUUGGUAGAAAGUUCAAAUCACACAGUCCAUAUAACAAAACCUUUUUUAUCCCAAAAUGAAUUUAGAACAAAAACAUCAUUAUUCUGAAACUCUCUUUAAUUUACACAAAUUUGACUCACACAUUUAUUUUCUCUAUAAUAACUUUAUAUAUGACAAUAAUACAGACAUUAGCCUUUUCCUGUGUAAUGAGAUGGUGUGUAGAUGUUAUGUAAUAUUAUGUUAUAAUAAUGUAUAUGAUGUAAUAUAUUUUCAUUGUUUAAUAUUUUAUGUAACAAUACAAAGUACCUUGAUUUAAUUAAUAUAUCAUAUUAGAUAUAUUAUAUUAUUAACAAUAUUAUAUUAUUUUAGAUGAGAUGAGUUUAUUCUUUAAAUACUAGAAAAGACUUGGACAUAUUUCAAAUAUACUUAAUUAAGUUUAUAAUCAUAUCUUAUUUAUUCUGUUUUGAGUUAAAAUGUUAGCUGCAUGUUUUUUUUUUAUCCAACUAUAAAUCAUUAACAUUAUUUCAAACUUAUUUAAACCUGUAGUUGACAUGUUAACACAGGAUUAUAUUACCAUUUUGAAAACUGACUAUUUAUAAAUUAUUGGAUUUGAUGGUCAGAGGGUUUAUUUUAGAAGCUACAAUGUUUUUUUAAACUUAUAAAACAUAUAAAUAAUCCAAGUUUUUUAAACCUCAAAAUUUAUGAUUCACUGUUUUGUCCUGUCUUUAAUAUUAUUUAAACAUUAAAUAUUAAUAUAAAUUUAAAAAUCAUACAUUGUUUUUAUUUUCUCUUCUCUAUACCACAGCACCGACAAAAGCAAAGUCACUGUGACUAUCGCAGGGUCCGUGUGUGACGUGAAAUCUACCACCAACACGAAAAUCACCUGUGUGACCAAUUCUCAGUCACAGUCCCAGGAAGCCAAAGUCAGAGUCACCAUUGGAGAGCAGGGCGACGCCAGGCAGGUAAGAGAGGAGAGUCCUGAAUCCGCACAUAAACCCCGGCUUCACUUCUGUUAGAGAGAGAAUGUUGAAUUUGCACCGUUAGAGUCCACCGUCUUGUUUUAGCGCUGCCUCUUUUUUCAGGAUAAUGCAGAUUUCUUCUACAUUGACGUGUGGUCAUCCAAGUACACAUGGGGUGGUCAGUCUCCUCCUGAGAUGGGUUCAUUUGCCAUUGUUACCAAAGGCCAGACCAUCCUGCUCGACACCAGCACCCCAGUUUUAAAGAUGCUGCUUAUCCAAGGUACAAACACUGAAAAUAAUAAAUCUAAAUCUUUGUUUUUUCAUCAGCAUUCAGGAUCUAACUUCUUAUUUCUGAGCGCAGGAGGGACGUUGGUGUUUGAUGAAGAAGACAUCGAGCUGCAAGCAGAAAACAUCCUGAUCACAGACGGCGGGCGGCUCCAGGUCGGCACAGAGGAGGCGCCAUUCCAGCACAAAGCUAUUAUAACACUUCAUGGAAACGUGGGCUCACCUGAACUACCUGUUUAUGGAGCCAAAACCCUGGCUAUCAGAGAGGGAGUGCUGGAUCUACAUGGUAAGACCCAUAAAACACUGGGGCAGAGCCGGACUGCCAGUUUAUAGAUAAUGGUUAACAAUACAGAAAGCGAUACAGAUGACCGCAGUCUUCCUCCUUUCUCUCAUAAACUCUGACGAAUUAAAAAAACUGAAAUAUCUGUGACCCAAUUCUUCCAAAUCCCCCAGAUUAAAUGUCAUUAUGUCACAUAAGAGUGAAAUGACAGAGAUAUGCGAGUCGUGUGUCCUGCAGGGAUGUCAUUAUCACUCACACCUCGCCUGCCCUCCUCAGGUGUAAGUCUUUGUUGAUGACCUGUUUCUCCAGGUAUUCCAGUUCCUGUCACCUGGACCCACCUUGCACAGACAGUGAAUAAAGGAUCCAAGACACUGACCCUGAAGAAGGCGGUGACAUGGAAAGUUGGAGAUGAGAUUGUCAUUGCCACGACAGGUCACAGGUACAUCAAAAUUAAUGUUGGAAGAUCAAACUGACAGAUUUUGUUCAGGAAAUAUAUUUAAAAGUACAGAAAAUGUAACGAUUAUUUAGUUUAUGUGUCCAAAGGGAGUGGAAAGAAGUGUUUUUUUCAAUAUAGUUGCAAAAUACGUCGCUGCAGCCUCUCAGUUACUAACUUUAUCACCCAUGCAAGGAUCCACGUGGGAGAAGAUGCCACAAUAAUGAAGUUCUGCAAUAAACUCAAUAAAGAGAAAAGCAUAAGCAGCCUGAUAUCUUCCCUUGAUCACACAAUUUUAUCCUCUAGAGGUAUCAAAGUGCUCAAAUUUACUCCGUCAGACUUGAAGUUAUCACAAAGUUCAGCGAAAAAGGACUUCUUGAACCUGCUACCGCUGCCAUGUUUCAUACUCUUCACUCAAAAAUCCUCUUUUUAUCUCUCCAGGCACAGUCAGAAAGAAAACGAAGUGAGGAAGAUUGCUUCUGUGUCUGAUGACAGUAAAACUCUGACCCUGACUGAACCUGUUGAGUACUCUCACAUGGGGGUGACGUUGACGCUGCCUGAUGGUACCAACUUUGAGGCCCGGGCUGAGGUGGGGCUCCUCACCAGGAACGUUGUGGUACGAGGUGCAAAACACGACGAAUGGCUGACCACGAUUAAAGCCUGCCCUGAAGGCUUCAACACAGGUACUGUUUGAUUGUGAAGUACGAAAAAUAAGUGAAAUCUUUAAUAUUACUCUAAUAAUAAGAAGCAGGGGUUAACGUUGUUCUCUCCUGCAGGUCAGUUUGCCACCCAGACCUGCUUCCAAGGCAGGUUUGGAGAGGAAAUUGGGAGUGACCAGUUUGGGGGCUGCAUCAUGUUCCAUGCGCCUGAACCAAAUAAGAAUCUUGCAAUCGGCAGAAUUGGACAUGUUGAGGUACAGACUUGAACAUGUUGAAUCUCUCUCUGCAGUCAAACUGAAAUGGCAAACUUGAAAGUCUUGAUGCUCUGAAAUCUGCAGGUGACUCAUGCAGGACAGGCCUUCAGGCUCGGGCGGUAUCCCAUCCACUGGCACCUGAUGGGCGAUAUUAAUUAUAAAUCAUACGUGAGAGGUUGUGCCAUCCAUGGUACCUUCAACAGGGCUGUCACCAUCCACAACACCCACAGGCUGCUUGUGGAGCGCAAUGUCAUCUACAACAUCAUGGGCGGCGCUUUCUUCAUCGAAGACGGCAUCGAGACAAAGAACAUCCUGCAGUACAACCUGGCUGUGUUUGUCAGGCAGAGCACCAGCCUGCUGAAUGAUGACGUCACCCCCGCUGCCUACUGGGUAACCAAUCCAGACAACAUCAUCAGACACAACGCCGCAGCAGGGGGCACCCACUUUGGCUUCUGGUACCGUAUGCACAACCACCCUGACGGCCCGUCUUUUGACCCGAACAUCUGCCAAAAAAGGGUUCCUUUGGGUGAGUUCACCAACAACACAGUGCACUCUCAGGGCUGGUUCGGCAUCUGGAUCUUCCAAGACUACUUUCCCAUGGUUGGUGGAGGCUGCCGUUCCAACACCCCAGAGCCAGCUGUCUUCCACUCUCUCACCACCUGGAACUGCGAAAAAGGUGCUGAGUGGGUCAACGUGGGCGCCGUGCAGUUCACUUUCUUCCUGAUGGUCAACAAUGAGAAAGCUGGCAUCGAAGGCAAGCGUAUUGUUGAGUCUGCUGUGAGAGGCUUUGGGGGGACAGUCGGGGCGAUGGUGUCCAACAGCACCAUUGUGGGCCGCGUAGACGGGCUUUUGGAGCCGAAGACCAAACACCGAAAUAUAGGUGUGAUCCUGCCAUUCGAUGAUGGCAUGAGGGUCGAAAACACCAGGUUUAUCAACUUCGACCGCAGCACUAGUGCAGCUAUUGGGAUCACAGAAGUGGACGGGACAUGCCUGGCGCUGUGUGGUGGCUGGCUUGCUGAGUUCAGUGACACUAAAUUCAUGAAUUCACCCAAUAAGGCUUUGUUCAGGUGGGAGCACGAGGGGGUGCUGCAUGAUAUAGACGGCUCCCUCACAGGUACUUGAUUUUUUCACUCUCUUUACUCUGUUUUCUUUCCUCUUCUGAGAGUCUGGCAUUUAUCACGUUGGUGUUUUAUAGUUUGUUGAGGACAUGUGUCAUAAGAAUGCUGUUAUCGCUUCAUGACACCUUGGAAAUGUCUCACUACAGAUAAAAUACACUGCAUUUAGUUUCUAUGAUGACCCAAGUUAAUGUGUUAAAGGGAUCCCUUCAUAAAAUUAGUUUAAGGUAAAACACACCAUAACACAGAGUUAGACACCCCCUCCAGAGAUGAAUGUUGCCGUUUGUUGAGGUUUGAGUGUGGUUCCAUAGACCACUGUGUAUUGCUAUCCUGCGGUUGUUACUAAAGUUGGUACAACUAGAGAAUCAAACGGUCCACAACAUUCAUCUCUCGAGAGGGGGUCUAACUCUGUGUUGUUGUGUGUUAAAUUAAUUUUACGCCGGAAUACCCCUUUAAUGGCUCCAGCUCAGUCUUGUCUCUGUUGUUUUCAGAACAUAUUGGCAACAAAGUGGUUCCUCAGAGCCCCUUGCUGGACCCCUCUCACUGUAAACCGAGUGCAGAGUGGAGCAACAGUUUCCCAGCUGCUGUGUGUGACCAAACCACCGAUUUCCAUCGUAUGGCUUUCAACAAGGUUUCCCCACCAUCUUUGGAUGCUAAGGACGUCCUGCUCACCAACAAACAUAGUACUGAAACACACAUUCUUCUACUUCUUCUUGUCAGUGUGUGACCUGUGCUGACCUCUGCUGGUUCAUAGUGGUAAUGCUAAUCAGCUGGUGUCAAUAAGCACGAGUUUUGGAGGACUUAACCCUCGCUUCCUACUAUGUCCGUUUUAAGGACAUUUGUCUUUUUUUUUUCAUCUUUAUUUUGAGCUGACAGUCACAUUUUUAAAGAUUGGAGCAUCACAUUUGGUGAUAGUUCUUAUUUUUCUUCAUAUUAAAAAAAAAAACCGCGUAAUCAUAAUCUCUUUUAAAAAUUGAGCUUUAUAGAAUUUAACCAGGAUUUAUCUGAAGAUGUGCUGAGACAUUUUGACAUUAAUGUUCUGUUUCUAAACUCUGUCAUAGACACCAGCCUCGUUCCCUAUGCUGUGAAGAGACUGACUCAUAAGCCCGGCUGGCAGGCCUUGUUACCCUCCAAACAAACAUACUUCAUGGCCUUUGAAAACGCCGAGCACAUUACCAACAUAACAUACUCUGCAAGAUUUUAUGGUUUCAAGGUAAACAACAGAUUCUCCCACAUCAUGAAUAAUAAAAAAAAUAUUGAAUUACGGAACAAUACUGUGAAAAAACACUUCCGCUUUUUACCUGAUGAGCUUCUUUUCUUUAUUUUUUUCCCCCCAACACAGCCGGAUCAAUAUGUGAUCAUCUGUCACAACUUCACUCAGAGUCCAGACAGUUUCAACAUCGUGGACAGGAGAAACGGAUCCAAGACGCCGCUCAGCUUUACUGAAAAUGAAAGUGGGGACUGGCACUUUGACGACACCACCAACACCCUCUGCUACAUGGGUUAGAGACGCCUCAAUCUUUACAUUUUUCUACCUAACCUCUCAUCUGUGUUAAAUCAUCAACGCUGAUUGGUCGAAACCCCCCUCUUACAGGAACAGUAAGAGCAAACACCUCAUAGGAAAAGAGAACCGGCACACUUAGGUUUAGAGAAUAAAGAAGGAUUAAGUGGGCCAUGAACAGAUGUUAAUUCUAAUGCUAAUUUGACUAGCAUGUAGGAUGAGAAGAUUACCAACCCUAAUAGACAGUUUCUUUUAGCCAUUUUGGAUACAUUAUCUUUAAAUCAAUUAAAUCUUCUUGAAAUCAGUAUUUUGUUUGACCUUUUGAGUACCUGUAGUUGGAUAAUGGACAGGAAAACGUGACCUCCAAGGAAAUUUAUCAAUAUCAUUAUUAUUAUUAUGAACUUUAUUUAACCACAUUUGUCCCGUUGAGAUCCAAGAUCUCUUUUUCAAGAGAGACCUGGCGAUGAAUGGCAGCACAUACAGUUUCAUAAUUACAUUGAUCAUAAAGAAUACAAAGAAUACAUACAAUAAUUGAAUUUGAUAAUAAUUAAAAUUUGUGUGCCCUCUUUAAUUUUGACCUUAUUUUCUCGACAGUAUCCGGGAAGGGCAGCCCGAACCGCCGUAAAGGCAGUGUCGACCCCUCUGUGAAGGACAUUGAUGUAAACUUGAAAGUCCACCGCUGCUUCUACCCCAACUGCAUCCCACCAACACCCCCGCCGCCAGCAACGCUUCCGCCUUUACCCACCGGCCGGCCGGACAACUACAUGUAUGUUUCAGCCCGUCUGCAAUAUGAUACGAUAAGAUACGAUAUAUGACAUCUCCAUCCAUCACAAACUGACGUUGGCUUUGUCUUCUGUCUGUUCUCUGCAGUCUGUGGUCUAACGCCUCUUUCUGGAAGAACUCAGCUGAAAAUAACUUCACUGUACCAGCAGAGGGCACUGAUGUCGUCAUCCCAUUAGGUAACAUCCAGGAGAUGAUAAUUAGGGGCGGUGACUAAACCUUCUACAGCUGCAUAAUUCGUGUGAUUUCUUUCUGAUCCACAGGUAAGUGGGUGGUUCUGGACCGAAACACUCCUCCCCUCAACAAGCUGACAAUCAACGGCGUAUUUGAGAUCCCUGACACACCGAUGAACGCGUCCAACAGACAAAGUCGUUCUGCACCAAAGUACAGCUCUGUGGUGGUGGACGCCUUUUACAUCUCGAUCCAGGUCAGCACUUUCCAAUAAACGCAUUUAACCUCAGUUUACGAACAAGUUAAGAAGGAUAGGUGAUGGCUAUUGAUAAAGCAAAAGAAACCAGGAGCUCUGAAGAAGUUAUUUUUCUCUGUUUCAGGGAGGCAGGCUGAUUGCAGGGAAGGAUGAUGAGCCGUUCAGAGGUCAGCUGCAGUUCAAGCUCAGAGGGAACCACCGCACCCAAGACUGGCCUCUGCCAAACGGACCAAACCAGGGAUCCAAAGUCCUCGGUGAGAUCAAGAUAUAGGAAAUCUAAAUGUGGUUUAUUAAUCAUCUUUGUCUAUUCACAUACUUAAAAAAAGACAUACUGUUGAACCAGCUCAGUGUGUUUAUGUUGAACCGCAGGUGUGUUUGGCACUCUGGAGCUCUACGGACAACCUCACAACGAUUACCACACCAAACUGGCUGCCACCGCUGACGCCGGAGCGAAAAAGCUGACCCUGACGAAAUCUGUGGACUGGCAGGUCUGACAUUUUACUCCAAACUCAGUUUUUGUGCGUUAAAAUUAAGGACUUGCAUUUUUUAUUGUGUCGCAUUGUUUGUUUGUUCUGACCGCAGGUCGGCGACGAGAUCGCCAUCUCCUCCACCAGCUACAGCGCGUGGGAGACGGAAAAAAACAAGAUCGCAGACGUGUCGGACGACGGUCUCCAACUGACCCUGGAACAGCCGUUGACCUACAAACACAUCAGUGAGCCUAACAAAGUAUAUAAAAGUCAGUGGAAGGUUAAAAAGUCAGCACAUACUGACGUUUUUCCUCCUCCUUCAGGUGAGCGCCACUCUGUUCCGGGUACGUCGUAUUCCUACACUCUGGCGGCUGACGUGGCUCUCCUCAGCAGAAACAUUAAGAUCAUCGGCGAGGAGUACGAUGAGAUGAUGAAGGAGUCGUUUGGAGCCAGAGUGUUGGUGGGCACCUUCACCUCAGAUGGAAUCACGUACAGAGGUACUGAGGCGUCCUCAUCUCGCUGUUUGAGGUCAUGAAAUCUGAGGUCACUCUCAUCGAUUUUUGAACGUUUUUUCUCCCAAAGGUAAAGCUCAGAUCAAGAAUGUUGAGUUCUACCGCUCCGGACAGGAAGGCUGGACCGACCCCUCUGACCCUCGUUACUCAGUGGCCUUCCACAACCUGGGACAGGUACAGCAAUAAAAACCGUUGGGGCUACCUCCUCUUCAUUAUCUUUCCUCUGUGGAUUGCAGUACUGAGAAGAAGAGUCUUGAUUUUUUAUUCAGGUGAUGGAAAAAGUUGAUUUUUUUUUUCUGCUUUAAAAGGUCGCAGAUGAAUCGUCCCUUUGGUGUUGUGCUUUCCACAGCGGCUUCUCUCCAGCCGUUGGAGUGUUUGGAACGGACGAGCUGGAAAUCGUCAGUAACGUUAUCCAUCACACAGUCGGAGAAGGUAAAGAUUGAGCUGUUUCAUCUAAAGCAACAAUGAAGGACCUUUAUUAAGGUGUCGGUUUGGCAUAGGUGGUAAAGGUGUUUGGGUCAAUUUUUCUUUUUCAUUUAUUUUCUCUUUUGCAUCGUUGCUUGCAGGGAUCAGAAUUUGGGGCAACAAAGUAACUCUGACAGGGAAUCUGGUGAUGAUGACGCUGUGGCCUGGAUCGUAUCAGGACAGAGAGGAAGCGUUCAACUUUGAUUGGACCGCCUCCAUCGAGGUCAGAACAAAAAUGGGGAACAGAGAAGAAAAAAUUUAACAGCAUUUUCAGCUUCAGUGUUUGAUCUGUUUGGUUUUGGUUUUUAGACCAACAAAGGCACGAAUGUCAUGAUGCAGAACAACAUUGUCGCAGGUUUCGAGAGAGUGGCGUAUCGGGUCAACGGUGAACCGUGUCCAGGUAAAAGGAAAGGUUUAACCAAAGCGAUGUUGGUCAGAGGACACUCGGGAGAGAGACUGACUUCAAAGUGUUUCUGUGCAGGUACGAAGAACCCGGUGAAGAGUUGGUCCAACAAUGAGGCUCACAGCGGCCUGUUCGCAGGGGUCUUCAUGGACAAAGACGGUUUGCCGAGCUGCAGCCUCAUCCAAGGCUUCCAAAUAUGGAGGAGCUUUGAUUUCGGCUUCUAUUUUCAGGUACUGAACUUUACCCAGUGGCAUGUGUUUAAUUGUGAAACACAAACCUUUAAGGAUAAAAGUUGAAAAAAGUCUGAAGACAUGAAAACUAACCUUCCUCUCCUCUUUCCUCACAGACUCCCAGCAGUGUGAUUGCCGCCAACCUCACCCUGGUGGACAACGGGAUGGGCAUCUUGCCACUAAUCUACGGUCCUCCAUCUGCCGCCAAGUUAUUUGCUAAUAAAUAUGCGCACAUCAGGGUGAGAGGGUGUUUUUUCCUCAUGUUUUACCACCCACUUACACUGUGGUAACUUUUCUAAUACUGGCAUUGUUUUGUUAUUGUUUCUUUUUCACCAGGACUCCUUGAUUGUUGGCAGCAGCCCUAACUUUGAUUGCUCAGCGACUCUGCCCAACAGCGAUUUUAAUGUCAGAGGCAGUGAACUACAUCGUGCUCCUAGACCUCUUACAGGUACAUCAGAAACACAACUUCACUGCAUCAAAGUACAUGUUAUGUUUUGUGUUUUAAAAUAAUGAUUCCAGGACGUCCAGUUUUCUUUUCCAACCUAAAUCCUGACAGAAACAGUUAUAGUGCCUAAGAUGACAGAACUUUGGUUUUAAUUAGUUUUAAAACUCCCAGUGUAAAAACAUGAAUGGUGAAGGGACUCUGACCCACAAGUCACGGUUUUAGGCAAUAAUUACGCAGCUUUUCUUCUUAAAUACACAUCAAAGUCAAGAUGGUUCAUAAAUUUUAACAAAUUCAUUUGAUCAGGACACAAGUAGAAUUUACUUCACAUUGUUAAAACGUCAUUAAAUAAAACCAGGCAAAAAAAACCAAACUAAAUAAACAGAACAUAUCAUGACGCCUCUCUUACAUUUGUUUUGUCUUUUUUCUGUACAGGUGGAAGAUCUGGAAUCUGUGCGCCAACUUUUAUGUCCUCCCACAACGGCGCUCCGGACAUGUCCUACGUUCAGAGCAGCAGCUACAACGCCAUCGCAGGGCUGAUGACCGUGACGGGUGAGCUGAGGCCCCUUAUGAGAUCAGAAAGUUUUGUCCUGAUAAAUUCUACUGAAAAAAAUGACCUUUGUUUUUUGUUUUGUAGACACGACAUUUGUCAGUUUCAAGAGUGUCUGCUCAGGCGAGAAAAACAUCAUUUUCUCAACCAACCCACAGAACGAGGACCUGCAUCACCCCACGCAUAUCUCAGGCGCAACUCUGGUUGACUGCACAGAAGACGCAAAAGUCUACAUCCUUAAGCCAGAUUUGGGGUAAAUCUCUGAACAUCUAGAGAUUCAAGACUUUUGUAGACAGAAGGCUAGAAAGAAGAUACCCAAAUAAGAGUUAUCAGAGAAUCAAAGAGAUGUUAUCUUAAUCUUUAGGCAAAUUUGAUUUUUUUAUUAGUCACUUGGCAGCCGACAAAAGUCCAAUAUUUCUGUUGUUACUACUUUCUCUCAUAACUUGAAAAUAACACAAAUCCAAACACUCCAGUUUUAGAGAUACAAAGGGCAAAAUCAAAAGUUUGAACAGCGCCUCGGACAACUUAUUAACCUCCGAGAUAAAAAGCUCAAUCUGUGUUUUUGUCCUUCAGGAAAGUCAACCCCUCAGACUGCGUGGACAUGAGCUGCGAUGGCAAGAGGAAAACCUUCUUUAAGGACUUAGACGGUUCCUUCCUGGGCUCAGUGGGAACCAUUCUGCCCUUCUCUGAGUUUGAGUGGGACGGCGACGCCAAGUGGGGGCUGGGCGACUACCGCAUCCCUGCAGUCAUGCUCACCGACAAGGACGGCAGCCGCAUCCCUGUGGACAAGAUUGCUCCGAACAAAGGUAAGAAGAACGGAGGAGCAAGAAAGAACCAGGAAAAAUUGCAGACAUUACCCACUAGUGGUCCAUCCGUGGUAACUACAGGGAAAUAAAUCCACUUGACAUACUUCUUUAAAAAAACGCUCAACGUUCCUUCAUUCCUCCUCAGGCAUUAUCAGAAAGGGCUGCAAAUUCAUGACUUCCUGGAACGCCUACAAAUGUCCCCCUGGGCUGAACUACAGGAUGGUUUCCAUCGAGAGUCUGGACCCCGACUCAGAAACAAGACGUUUGUCCCCAGUCGCCAUGUUAGGAGGCGGUUUUGUGGAUCUGGUCAACGGUACUUUGAUAGAUCUGAAAAUCUGCACGAUCUCUCCAAAAACUGUUUUAAAAUAAAAGAAUAGAAACGUAUUUUAAGGUUGAGUGUCUUUGUUCUCAGGUCCUCAGGAUCACGGCUGGUGCGCCGGCUACACCUGCCAGAAGAGACUGUCCGCAUUCCAUUUUAUCAUGCCCGCCAAAGAGUAUGUUGAGAUUUACUUCAGCAGCACCAGCCCACAGAAACUUCGCUUCAUGAUGCUCAAUGCCAAACAAUCCGAGGUUAGUGCGUGAUCCCUUAAAACUCUGAUGUACAUUUAAAGUGGAAUCAUUGUUAAAAAAGAAAGAAAAGUACGGCUAUGGAUGACAUCCUAAAAUUCCCUCUAAUUUAAAAGGCUUCAUUGUGAGAAUCCCAAAAGAGAAAUGGGAGGAGGAGCUUGGGGAUGUAAUACCGGAGGAAUUCUAGACUGAAGCUCUGAAAAGAGUUAAUACAACUACUUCAUGUGCAAGACUAGGUGUAAUUCAGUUUAAAAUUUUGCACCGUACCCACCUCUUCAGGUGUGGGCUGGCCUGAAUUUGCCCCAAAGUGGAUGAGAAUUGUGGCAGAUGUCAUGUUACCUCUGCAAAAAUAACACACAUGUUCUGGUCAUGCUCUUCCCCUCUUUGAUUACUGGUCAGCAGUUUAUAAACUUCUUUCACAAGCCCUAUACUUAAAUGUGCAACCUAAUGCUUACUCUGCCAUCUUUGGUUUAGUUCCAGCUAACCAACAUAUCACCAAUGAGCAUAUGGGCAUUACAGCAUUUGCUCUUGCCCGCCAAAGGAUUUUGUUGCACUGGAAAUCCUCGAAACCACCCAGCACCUCCUUAUGGUUGAGUGACUUUAUGCUCCAUUUAAGUCUUGAAAAGAUAAAAUACACACUUAGAGGGUUGAAAAACCUUUUUUACUUCACCUGGAACCCAAUAAUCUUUCAUAAUCAAACUCAAAACCCUCCCUGACAACUCAUGAAUCCACUAGUACUACAUUCUGAAGGGUAAGGCGUGAUGCUGCUCAGCAGGCACGGCCUUAAUUAUUCAUUUAAUCUCCUUAAAAUGGGAUAAAGUGGAUAUUGUGUGUGUUUGUGUUCUGAGAAAAAUAAAAAAAAUAAAAAUACUGUCUCGUUACAUCACUGUUUCUUUGUACCUUGUUCUCAAUGAAAAGAUUGUUGAAAAAAAGGGCACAAAAGUAAACUUUUUGAUCUGACUUUCAGAGCAUCAGGUUGGGCGUUUUCUUCUCCAAGCCACAACGGACGGAUGUUUACGUCAACGAUAAGCUGAUCGCUCCGACUAAUGCUGAGUGGUAUGAAGACAAAUCUGACUUUGAGCUGAAGAAGCCCAUUUAUCCAGGUAAUUGACCACAUCCUAACAUGAUUUGUAAAUGAUGGCGACUUCUCUGGGAUGAACUGAUUUAAGGGGUCCAUGAUUUCCCUUUUGGGAAUCAUGGACCCUGAAUCCACAUCUUUAAAAAUAAGAGGGACCCCCCUCUACAGCAUCUGUCUAUCUUCAAUCCCUCCAGGUCAGUACAUACCUCAAAUGAACGCCUCUACGGGCUCCAACUUCUUUGACCCGGACACCAAGAUGUUGAAGUUCAUCGUGAGAGGGUCUGAUCCCAUUGAAGUCAGAAUCUCUCCGAUUCUCUUCCUCUCCUUCGAUCUCCCCACCAUGACUGAGGACCAGUUUUUUGAAGAUGAUCUGGUCAAUAACCUUGCCGUGUUCCUCAAAAUUCCUGCAAAAAUGAUUCGAGUCACCAACAUCAUCCGAGAGGGCGGAGGUGCUCGGCGCAGGAGGAGAUCCGCCCAAGGCCUGCAGGUGGAGGUGGAGAUCAAGGUCCCCCCAGUCCAGGAGACCAACAACAGCACUGACAGUCAGUUUGAGAAGAAUCUGCUGUUGAUUCUGACUCUGCCGUCUCAUAAACAUGAAUUUAACAUCCUUGUGCUUUCUCUUUCUUUCUCUCAGAUGAGAAGGACUUCACGCUGCUGAAAACCGCAGCUAAUGAUCUGGGUCAGGCGGCGGUUUCAGGAAACCUGAGUAAAUCCAUCGGCUUCAACGUGUCCUCACUGGGCGUCAUCGCGCCACCUCCUCCAUCAUCGGACCCCAGCUGGCAGGAGGUUAAAUGGAGAUUUGGAUCUUAGUGUAGAUCUGUGUUUGCCCGUUGAAUGAAAAGACAAUGAAACCUGGCUGUGGAUGAGAACCUGAUUUCCUAAUGUUUUCUUUGAUUUUCAAUCUCAGGAGGCCGCAGAAGAACAGACAAAGACGAAGCCCACAGUCAGCUUUGUGUCCACUGUGUCCAACCUGAUACUGAUGGAGGAGCCAAUCGCCGGGGAGUACGUGGGUCCUCUAGACCAGCAGCCCAGUCUCAUGGCUGUGGAUGAGGAGGUGGGGCAAUGGUGCAUCUAAGUCCACGGCUGCUGCUUAAUCGUGUGUCUCCGGGGCAAUUAAAGAUCCAUAAACAGGGUUGCUGGUCUUGAGGGGCCCUUACUGCCCUUUUACGACAACUCCUUAUUGAUCAACCCCUCAUACAGACAUAAACUCCCAAAAUAUGAUUCAAAAUGGUCAAUGUUGGAGUAGUUUGUCCAUGACAUAAUUAGGUGGUCACCCCCCAGAGAAAUAAGUAUACAGUUAAUUUACUCAAACCUCAAUUUUAAAGUCUGUUUAUAUUUGUUUUGUUAUCUGAGCUUGAGUAUUUCAGAUUAAAAGAGUUUUUUUCCGUCUGCAAUCAUUGACCUGUGUUGAUGUUUGUAGGGUAACUGUGUCUCUGUGGGAGUGACCACUCUCACUGUGACCGCCACCCUGAAAGACUCCAGUGGAAACCCUGUCAGUGGACUGGAUGGAAAUACCACCAUUCUGUUCAAGACCUGCUGGGCAAACUACACCGACCUCUCUAUUCUCGACAGCGGUAUGUCUUGAUAAAAUUCAUAUUUUCUUUAUUGUGCAUGAGUUUUAUUUCCUCUGAAGCACCGACAUAAUAACUCCUCCUUUGCACGCAGGUGAGAACCUCACCAUGGUCUUCGCUCUGAAGGAAUGGACCUCAACGUCUCGCUCCUUCAGUGUGAAAGCUACACCAACAACCACGUCUCCUACGACCACCCAGUCAACUACAACAACCAACCAACCUGAGCAGACCACCGACGACAGCAUCUUCAGCUCCAGCUCCGCCCUGACCGCCGGCAGCCUCUGUAUGGUCAGCGUUAUUUACAACAUCGCCUGCUGCUCGGGCGUAAACCCCAUCUGUUAGAAGAAGACACAACUUCAACUCACUUUACUUUGAAAGGGUCUGUUAAUGUAAUCAUGAGCAGAGGUGUUACUCACUUUAAAAUUCA